GUAAAUUUGUACGUGAAAUUUACAAGCAACUUCACAAGUGAAAACGUUCAACUUAGUACCAAGACUGGCGAUAAUAGUCUUGAAAAAGGUAUUACAUUUACUCUAUUUACAUAACUCAUAAGUCAAGUGCAACUAGAGCUUGGCGGAUGGGAUAGAAAAAAUGCAAGAAAAGAAUCUCACUAAAUAAAGGUUAGUUAUGCAUUUAGAAACGUAGUACUGAUUUAAGUUUCCACAAAUAUCACAAGCUAACUUUUUCUUAAUUUGUACAGCUCCAGCUUCUACAAGUAAAACAUAACAAAAUCAAACAUAAAACUUUAACUCUAAGAGAAUGUAUUUCCAUUAAAAAAUAUAACUGAAAUGAAUACUGAAAAUAAAAUAGUGCAAUGUCAUAAAAUAUAGCUGAUAAUAAUAAAAAUCUAAACAUGUAAAAAUUAUAAAUAAAGGUCAAAUGUUAACAAAAUAAAUAUAUAUGAUCUAAUUAGAAAACUAAUUAUAUUUACUAUAUUCAAUUUAAAAUAAUUUUCAAUUGUUUUAUAAAAUUAAAAUACAAUAUAAUAUAAUAUAAUAUAAUAUAAUAUAAUUUUAAUGUAAACUCACCCGCCCGCAGGGCGGGCCAACCCCUAGUAAUAAAUAAUCCAUGCUUUUACACGUGUUUAUACACAAAUGUUAAAAGCCCAACAUGCGCCGAUAUGUAUAUUAGCUCAAGAAAGGCCCAUUAUUAGAAAGUCCAUAUACUGGCCUGUUUUACGAUAGUGUUUCGUACCAAUUUCACUGUUGCAACUACUUGCAUGGUUUCAAUCAUCAUAUGUACAAUUCACUAUUUCACUUGUUGCAAAUUCUAAAAACGUGGUGUACAAUGCACCACUUGAAUUUAUAAAUUUAUUCAAACAAUCAGAAUUUCGUUUACGUGACAAGAUAUUUUUCAAUUGUACUCUACAAAUUACUCUGAGAUGUCUUGGUCGUGUGACAUGUAAUCGUGGUGGAGUCAUAGCUAAUUGAAUGUAAUAUCAAUAUUUAUGUCAUGGCAUGAAAAACCAGAUAUCCGGACUUCGCCGCCUCUAUAUCAUUUAUCUUUCAUCAUAAAAUCUAUUAUUUUCAUGUUUUGUAGAAAAACACACACACUUGGAAUAGCAUUCGGAACUGAAGGAAACGAAUUUACCUUGAUGUAAAAUGAAAUACAUUACCUUCGAAAAAAGUACAAGUCGAUUCAUGCAUGUCUUUUUUUUGUGGUAAAUAUGUUAGUUUGAAAACAGAGCUUUCAUUUGCUUCCUUUUAUUUCGUUAAAAUCAAUGAGCAUAAUAAAAAACGACGUCAUUAUGCAUAUGCACCAAAUGCUCAGUAAAUACGCCGUCAACAAUCAUGUGUUUGUAUGAAUGCAUCGAACCAAUAUUUAAUGAGAGAUGAAAAAGAAAUGAAUAUUCGAUCCUAUUAUUACCUAACAGUACAUGCAUAUUUGACCAAGCAGAACAAUGUUUGAAGUAUGAAAAACAGAUGUCAUGCAUAUCCCUUUGUACGGAUCAGAACCUAUCGAUGUUCGACAUGACGAUCUGACUGAUAUAUGAUGAGUUUGGUAACAUUUUAAACCAACCCAGUGUAAAACUAGAUUCUUUGUUUUAUCUUCUGAAUCAUUCAGUUUCUCGACCAGUUGUGCACUUUUCUUACUUGAAUAUGGGAGAGUUGUCACGAGUUAUUGUUUGGUCUUCUGAUUUGGACAUAGGAAGAAACACAGCGUAUUACCAUGUUUUUCUUUACUUCUUAUAUUGUACGUUGUGCAUACUUAUUCUCAUUUAUGAGCACCUAAAAUCAGAUAGUACUACGUUUUUAAAAUUAUCACUGAACACAAGUUUUGUGGAUGCAAACAGAAGAGUUUGUAGGAAAUAAGAAAAUACAAGAGAAAUUUAAGAUCAUUAGAUUUUUUGGUGAAACAAAAACUUUGAUUUUUUUCUUUAAUAAUAUAAAUGAAUUCAUGGUGACCAAGUGGUUAUAAAGUUCACAAUGAUGGAAAUGUCUAGUCAUCACUUUCAGAUUUCACCCCUGGUUGAUCAGCAUGGAUGUCUUAAAUGAAAACAAUAAUACAGCUCUUCUACAUGCCCCAAAAUUAGCUUGGGUUAAUGUCCAUCUAGUAUCCAUAUAGCUAUAACAAACUCAAUGUAAUAAGAUUAUAUAUUUCCACACAAGAAUGAUUAUGUUAUUGAAAUUAGCUAUUAUGUAGAAUCAGCUAAUAUAUAAUUUUAUUUUUAAAUAAAUUUUAUUUAUUACUUGUGAGAAUCACAUGGCUCGAAUCUAUCACGUCCACAAGCGGCAUUGUGAAAUAAAGUAAAAAAGUGAUUGUUUAUUGCAUCCUCUACGUUGGUCUAAAAAUAGAUACAAUUGCGUGUCAUGAAACAAAGCAUAAACGUUGUAAUUGUAAGUAGUUAGAUAAGAAAAAAAGGUUUAACAAAUUUUAGUGGAACAAGAAAUGAUUAUUAUAAUGAAAUGGAAAUAGAAUGACGUAAAAUAAUACAUGUAAAGGAGAAAUAUCAAUGAAAUGGGGAUUCUACAUGAUCAUAUGAUAAAGCCAAGUCAUGGACUGGUUCUGCUGUUUCACAGGAUGGUUCAACCACCAUGCACCUCUUUUUCUUUGGACGUUUAAUGACACAACCCACAAUUCUCCUUUUUCACAUCCUUUAAUUUUGUAUUUUAAUUCUAUUUGGUUACCUAGCUCUUUUAUCUUCCUGAUUUCUCAUUUGUAAGUCUUUUUCGUACAAAGUUUUCUGUUCACCUAAAGAAUUUUCCACAUUCGUCAAGAAAUUGCUUUAAAAUUUUUCACUGCGUACAAAUAUUAUUUUUAUGUAUAGAACAAUAUAUAUGUAAACAAUUUAUAUAUAUGCCUUGUCUGUGCAUACAAGUUAUUAAUUAUAAGGAAUCCCCAGUUUGUCACUCCCAACUUUAUUCGCAAAUUAGCAAAAUACACUUAGUCUUGCACGCAUUGACAAUGGUAUCUUUUGUGUUUUGUUGUUUUUUUCCUUUGAGAAAGUUUCGUUUUGUUUUAUGUUCCAUUUAUCUUUAUAUGUAAAAGAAAAGUUAAUUGGACUAAAGUCACCAUCUUCCUAUCAGUAUACAUAGAAUUUUUGACAAACCCAUAUAAAGAUGUCCAAAAUGAACUCACCUCCACAUACUGUUUAGCUAGUGUUUUAAAUACCGGACCAGUUAAACCGGUGGAUCCGUGACCCCUAAACAGUCGUUUUCGAGUGUCUUGAAUAUUAUCUCACGUUAUGACAUCAUAUUUUAUAUUAACACGUAUCAUAUAUAGUCUAUAAACUAUAUACAUUCACACAACCCAUAGAUUUGUGUCUCUCCAUGCCAUACACUCCUCUUCUCAACUCCCAAAUAGAAAGGGAAAUAGAAAGACAGCUUAUAUAUAAUAUAUAAAUACAGUGCACCACUAUACAACACAAUUCGACUUCAUCCAUGGAUCUCUCUUCUUAAACUCCCAAAUAUAUAAAGAAGAGUUGUGUAUUUUUCUAAAAAGUUAUAAUACUCUCUAAGCUUUGCUGAGCCAUCGCUGUGAUGAUGACAAGAAGAGCAGCUACCGUAGCAGGUAGAUGGCUUAAUGAAGCCGUUAGCUUCCUUGUUUUCUGUCUCUUAGACAUCGUCGAUUUAUUACUUUGUGUCGUCUACAAAGUAGCAGACUAUGUUUUCGAAGCCGAGUGGAAGCCUUGUUAUUGUUUAUCGGCCAAGGAACCCAUCACGGAGACUCGAGGAAAGAUUCUCUUGUCUCACAAUAAUGGCGUAUCUAAGAUCCUUACCCUUUCUCCGCUUCAAGAACUCAGCGGACGACGUUCCAAGAUUGAGCUGGAGGAUAUCUCCGAGACCCUUUACACACGUCCUUCUCUUCUUUCCGACCUCUCCGUUACCGAGCUCAAUAAACGGUUCGUUAAAGUUUCUCCGUCCGACUCCGAGUGUAGCCACCAUCAUCAUGAGAAGACUUUAACUAAGAACAAACGGAGGAAAACGAUAGCAAAGUCAAGCUUGACGGUGAACUUCACGGUCGUUGAGAUGCUCCGGGAAAAGAUCAGACCGCAGAAUUUGAGCCAUGAUGUCUCUCGAUGGUCGGAUUGUGAUUGUGGGUUUUGUACGUCAUGGGCCUCUACUUCCGACAAAGAUCACUCCCUCUUUGUCAAAACUCAAAUACCAAAAGGGAUACCAGCGAAAGAGGAUGUCUUGUUCAUCCAUGGUUUCAUAUCUUCAUCAGCGUUUUGGACUGAAACGGUGUUUCCAAGCUUGUCGGCUACAUCCUCAGCUUAUAGACUUUUCGCGGUGGAUCUUCUAGGAUUCGGAAAGAGCCCUAAGCCAGCUGAUUCGCUCUACACGUUGCGAGAACACGUAGAGAUGAUCGAAAAAUCGGUCUUACACAAACACAAUGUGAAGUCUUUCCACAUUGUGGCUCACUCUUUGGGAUGCAUUUUGGCCCUUGACCUCGCGGCUAGACACGGUGAUUUAAUCAAGUCGCUCACCCUCCUUGCUCCGCCGUAUUAUCCGGUACCUGUGGGAGAGAAGAAGCCGAGGCAGUACGUGAUGAAGAAGGUGGCGCCGAGGAAGGUUUGGCCGCCAAUAGCUUUAGGAGCGUCGAUGGCUGCUUGGUACGAACACAUUAGCCGUACAAUCUGUCUCCUUAUCUGCAAACACCACCGCCUUUGGCAGUUCCUGGCUAAACUCUUGACCCGUAAUAACAGGACAGUAAACUUUUUAAUAGAAGGUUUUAUGUGUCACACGCACAACGCUGCGUGGCAUACUCUACACAACAUUAUAUGUGGGACAGGAAGCAAACUUGAUACGUAUCUGGAUGUCGUACGAGAUAAGCUCAAGUGUAACGUGACUAUCUUUCACGGAGAAAACGACGAGCUCAUCCCCAUCGAGUGUAGCUACAACGUCAAACAGCGGAUUCCUCGGGCACUAGUUAAAAUUAUUGAGAAAAAAGAUCAUAUCACCAUGGUCGUUGGGAGACAGGAUGAGUUUGCCAGAGAGCUCCGAGAGAUUUGGAAGACUUCAUCUUUCUGAAAGUGUGUUCUAUGGAAAAUUGUGAUCGAUCAUCAAUUGAUCUGUGUGAUUAGUUGAUAAGUAUAUUUAUCAAGUUUGAUCAUUAUAAAUUAAGGAAAUCCUUAUGUACUCAGCCAUGAGAACAAACGAGUCGUAUCAAAUAAUAAUUUUCACGUAUGUUUAUGUAUGCAUGCUUAUCAAUUCAUUGAAUUCUGAAAUGUCGUAUAAUUUAUAUAUUCCAUGUAAAUAGGAAGUAUGAUUCAAUAGCAUAAUUAUCUAGAGUUAAAAGAAAAAAAUAGAAGAUGUGAUUUUUAUGUCUC